UUCCGAUCAAAGCCCAAAACCUAGAAAUUACCAGAUACCUCGUCUCUGCUUCUAGAUUGCUCCCUGCACCACUAUAUAUAUAAAGCUCCUCUGCUAUCAACUGCAUCAGAAGAAAAAAGAAUACACAACAAUCAACAUUUACAUAAAGCAAUUUCAUCUCAGUUCUUUUACUACAGAGAAAAAAAUGGCAAUGGUUCCGAGUAUUUUCGGCAACUCACGGAGCAGCAUCUUCGAUCCUUUCGAUGUUUCGGAUCCAUUCAAAGGCUUCCCGUUCCCAUCCUCUUCUUCGCUAAUCUCCAGUGAAAAUUCGGCCUUCGUCAACGCCCGGGUUGACUGGAAGGAGACACCGGAGGCUCAUGUUUUCAAAGCUGAACUUCCAGGGCUCAAAAAAGAGGAAGUGAAAGUGGAGGUUGAAGAUGACAGAGUUCUUCAAAUCAGCGGGGAGAGGAGUGUCGAGAAGGAAGACAAGAAUGAUAAGUGGCACCGUGUGGAGCGUAGCAGCGGUAAGUUCAUGAGGAGGUUUAGGCUGCCGGAGAAUGCCAAGAUGGAUCAGAUUAAAGCUUCGAUGGAGAAUGGAAUUCUUACUGUGAGUGUUCCUAAGGAGGAGGUUAAGAAACCUGAAGUUAAGUCUAUUGAGAUUUCUGGUUGAGCUACUGUUUCUUGUAAAAAUCAAAUGACAAAUAAUAGUGUGUGUGUGUGAUUUCUCAAAAAAAUAAAUAAUAGUGUGUGUGAUGUAAAAAGUAAAAAAUACUAAUAAGUAAAGUUUGUUUGUUUUAAAUGAGAAAAUGUAAUGUUUGCUUCUUAAUCUAAUGUAAUUAUGUAAAUGGCAGUUUUCUGAGAAAACAACAAUAACAAAACAAG